GCGAAACCUAAAAUAUCUGCUCCAAAUAAGCCGCUUCCAAGGCCAACUCCUAAUUCCUCUGUUAAUUCGAAUGAUUCGUCAAUUUCUAAGUCUGGUAGUAGCUUGCAACGUCGUAAAACCAUUUUUGAUCACCCGUACCAUGGUUUUAGCGAAGUAAAAAAUCCGGAUUAUAAUUCAUUAAAACGUCCUCCUCCUCCGAAAAAACCGUUACCGCGGUUACCAUUUGAACAACAAUCUAUAUCAUCUGUUACUACCACUAACAAUCCUGUUCCAAUGAAUGAUAAACGUCCUAAAUUUUCUCACGCUUCUGAGAGUAGCUUUUCUCAAUUAGGUUCCGGCAUUGGUACCACCGGUUUGAGAAAUCUAGGUAAUACUUGCUUUAUGAACUCCAUUAUCCAAUGUUUAAGCGGUACCUUACCAUUUGCAAGGUACUUUUUGGAUGGUAGUUUCAAAAGACAUAUAAAUAGAGAUAACCCUUUAGGUACUAAAGGUGUUCUGGCUGAUAAAUUUGCUACUUUGAUAAGAGUAAUGUGGAGUGAUCAAUAUGUUUCUAUCUCUCCUGUAGCUCUUAAAGAAGCUAUUGGAU